CUCGUGCAGGCAGGUAGUCCUCUCUCCAGGUGUGAUGGUCUUCAUGUGAUGUGAUCGCUCCCUUCAGCGGCUGUGAGGUGACUGUGUGUGCAGGCUUAAAGACAGCAUGGUGACACCUGUUCAUGCUCUGUUGUCUUCAGUGGGCGGACAGUAAAGACAAGUUGCCACUAUGCGAUGUGUGUAAGUGACCAGUGGGGGUGCUGUGGCCCCAGGCGGGAUGCUGCUGACAGCCGGUCAGUAUGACUCUGCUGGACUUGUGGCUGUCGCGCUCCAUCCCCAUGUGCCUGCUCCUCCAGAGCCUUGUCCUCAUGGCCCUGUGCUUCCCCUCGGCCAGCAUGUGUCCAAAGGGCUGCAUGUGCCAUCGCGACCCCCACCUCCAUGGCCUGAACGUUUCCUGCAGUCAGUCCCGCCUCAAAGAAAUCCCCCCCAGCCUCCCAGUCGACACUGUAUUGCUGAGGCUGGACCACAACCAGAUUGGCGCUGUGCCGGAUCAAGCCUUCCAUGGACUCAGACUUUUGAGGGAGCUCAACCUUUCUUACAAUGCAGUGGAGACUUUAGGGGAAGGUGCCUUCAGUGGCAUAGAGGCGACACUACAGGUAUUGGACCUCUCCCACAACCGCAUCACUAAUGUACACAAGGAUGCCUUUGCUAGGCUCAAAGCUCGCGUCAUAGUGGAUGAUAACCCCUGGCAUUGUGACUGCGCUCUUCAGCAGGCCAUCGGAGGUAUGGCGCACAACCACGAGGCUGCAGCCCGGGUCCUGUGCAGGAGCUCGGAGCUAAGGGACCAGGAGGGACGACCUUUCUUGGCCGUGGACACCGACCUUUGUAACCUGGCCAAAAGGACCACAGACUACGCAAUGCUGGUGACCAUGUUUGGCUGGUUUGCCAUGGUCAUUUCAUACGUGGUGUAUUAUGUCCGUCAGAACCAGGAGGACGCCCGACGCCACCUGGAGUACCUCAAGUCUCUCCCCAGCAAGCCCAAGAAACCAGAUGAGGCUGACGACAUAAGCACUGUUGUCUGACAGCAGUGACAAACCUAAACUGAACACCAGACUGUAACAGGACCCAUAUUUAUAGAGUUUUCAAUCUUUUAGCUGAUGUGAGCAUUAGAUCUAC